AUGAAAUCCAAAGGAAGUAUAGCUGAAAUUUCAAAUGUCGAAGAUAUGGGUUCUGAUUCGUCAUCCGAGUCAUAUUUUCAAAUGGGCGACACUACCAGCGAUGAUUUUUUCGCAUAUUGUGAAGCCGAGGAUAAUUAUCAUGACGCAUCUUCUUAUGCUAACGCGUGUGAUUCUGAUAACGAUUCCGAAGCAGUUUCAUCCAUUCCCUCUCGGAAACAACAAAGGGAACGUCGGAAAUCGGAAAAAGAUCGUUUAAAUCGAACUUUAUUUGUUGGCAAUCUGCCUUCUUGGAUCACCAAAAAGGCUCUCCAGAAAUUAUUCAAUGGUGCCCUCAGAGAGUCAGAAAUUGAUUCUUCAAAAUGCAAAGUGGAGUCGGUUCGUAUUCGAGGUGGCGUGUCAACCACUGGUGGGAAAAGCAAUCAGGCUCUUAAACGGGCUGUUAUUCGUCACGAAUUUGCGGCUGGAGACAAGCAUACGCUUAUUGGUUUCGUUGUACUCACUUCCAGAGAUGGCAUUCCUGCUGCUCUAAAGAUUAAUGGACGUUUUCUUACACCUAAAGACGGUUCUUCAGAUACAGGUCGGCAUAUUCGUGUGGAUGUGAGUAAUCGCAAGAAAUACAACAAUCAGAACAGUAUUUUUGUCGGAAAUCUUCCCUUUUCCGUAAAUGAAGAGGAGGUUCGCAACAUCUUUUCACAAUUUGGAGAGAUUAAAGGCGUUAGGUUAAUUCGUGACAGGGCUACCGGAGCAGUCAAGGGGAUCGGUUUUGUAGAAUUUGAGGAUCCCAGCUCUGUUCAACUUGCUGUUCGUCAGUCAGCAGUUACGUCAGAAGGUUCGCAGGCAUUAUGUAUUGGUGGCCGUCAAGUGCGUGUUCAAGCUUGGAAAUCCAUCAAGAAGGCAAAGGAAGGCAAAGGUCAAACUCAUCAAAAAUUCGCGACCAAACGAGAGAAAAAGAAUGCACACACUUCGGCCGUUCGAAUUCCAACAAAUAUACGCGGAGAAGUAGCCAAAAAGGAGUUUAUCAAACGGGCAUUAAAGAAGAGGUUUGAUCGACGGCAGAAAGCUGUGGAACCAAGUGCUGUCGAAGGUGCUAAGAAGGGCAAGAGGGGAGCGAAAAAUAAAAUGAAAAAGGUGCGUCAUAGAGAUCGAGCAAAGAUGGCUUAG